AUGGCUGUUUACCGAUGGCUCAUCCCCCCUGUUCAAGGCCUGCUGCUCUGCAUCUUGGCUGUACAUCUCUGCUUCCAGGACUCUUGUGCCACAGCAGACCACAAUGCUGUCACCACGACUGCCUCAGUGGCUCCCCACACCACUUCAGUGGCUGUCCGCACUGCCUCAGUGACCUCCAAUGUCUCCUCAGUGGCUGCCCGCACCACCUCAGUGGCUACCAGUGCCUCCUCAGAAGCUAUCAGCACCACCUCAGUGGCCGCCAGCAUCACCUCAGUGGCUCCCAGUGCCUCCUCAGAAGCUAUCAGCACCACCCCAGUGGCCGCCAGCACUCCCUCACUCACCUGCCAGAGCUUUCAGUGCUUCAGGGAGAGGUGUUACCAGGAUGAAGCCCAUGACAACAACACAGUGAUCUGCCAUAAUGAGACUUACUGCGAGCUUUACCGUUUCUCCAGCACCAACUACACAGCCCGAUGCAGCAGUGCCUGUGGCACUGAGCCGUGCCGGAACCACAGCAGGCAGGGCACCCGGCCCUGCUCCCUGGACUGUUGCAACUCCUCGCUCUGCUUGCAGCUCAACGCCAGCUCCUAUGGUAACUGCGGACCGAGGCUCAUCCUGCUGCACAGGAGGGAGGCGGGUGACCUGCCAUACACCACCAUGCUGCCUAUGACCACCACCACCACCACCCGAGCCCCACCCCGAAACGGUGUCGUAGCGGGCGGAGAGAGCCGGGAGAGCCGGCUGCUGGGGCUGGUGGAGAGCCGCGGGCAGCGCGCGAUCCACGUGUACACUCACCGGCGGAUGGCCAUAACAGCUGAGGAUGUGUGGCUGGAGAAGAUUAUCCCCAUCACAGAAGAGUUUGCAGUGGAAGAAGUUGUACUGGACAGUGACCUUCAGGUCCUUGGCGCCGACGUGACGGUCCGGAUCAGCUCCGCGGACGAUCGCCUCACGGUGCAGCUGCCCUUCGGCUCCCACACGCGAACGUUCCUGCGGGAGCUGCGCGGCGUCCCCGGCCCAGAAGUGGUUGGCUCUGAAGGUAUCAAGCAGAACGGAAAGAAGCUGGGUGUUGGUCAGAGCCAGAGCCAUGACUGCAGCCAGAGGAGUGCUCAUAGGCAAAGCAAACUAAGAUCUGAAGUGGCAGCUGAGAUGGUGUGGUCCUCCAGCGCCAUGGCUUCAAACAAGGCUUCCAUCUUCUCGGAGCCAAUGUUUGGACUGAGAGAUACUAUUAUUAAAUCUCAGCUUGUACAAAGGGAGGAUUCAUACACACACAUCCAGAACUUCAGGUUUUUUGUUGGGACAUACAACGUGAACGGCCAGUCCCCCAGAGAAAGCCUCCAGCCAUGGCUGAGAUGUGAGGCUGAACCUCCAGAUGUUUACUGCGUGGGUUUCCAGGAACUUGAUCUGAGUAAAGAAGCCUUCUUUUUCAAUGACACGCCACGGGAAGAAGAAUGGUUUAAAGCUGUAACCGAGAGUCUUCACCCAGAUGCGAAGUAUGCAAAGGUGAAACUUGUGCGGCUCGUGGGAAUCAUGCUUCUCUUGUAUGUGAAAGCAGACCUUGCUUUGAACAUCUCCGAGGUGGAGGUUGAGACUGUGGGAACUGGAAUCAUGGGGAGGAUGGGCAACAAAGGUGGUGUUGCCAUAAGGUUUAAAUUCCAUAACACCACUGUGUGCGUUGUGAAUUCUCACCUUGCAGCUCACACAGAGGAAUACGAGCGGAGGAACCAGGACUUCAAGGACAUCUGCUCUCGGAUGCAGUUCUGCCAACUGGAUCCAAAUUUGCCCCCUCUCACUAUUGGCAAUCACGAUGUGAUAUUGUGGUUGGGUGAUCUCAACUAUCGGCUGGAGGAGCUCGAGGUGUCAAAAGUGAAGCAGCUGGUAGAUGAAAAAGCCUUUAUAGACCUUUGCCAAUAUGACCAGCUAAGGAAGCAAAUGAAUGCAAAAGCAGUCUUUGAAGGAUUCACAGAGGGAGAGAUUUCUUUCCAGCCAACAUACAAAUAUGAUCCUGGCUGUGAUGACUGGGACACAAGUGAAAAGUGCCGUGUUCCAGCGUGGUGUGAUCGGAUCCUCUGGAAGGGGCAGAACGUUGCUCAGCUGAGCUAUCGCAGCCACAUGGCUUUGAAGAUCAGUGAUCACAAGCCAGUCAGCUCUGUAUUUGAUAUCGGGGUGAAGGUUGUGGAUGAGGAGCUGUAUCGAAAAGCCUUUGAGGAAAUCGUGCGCUCCCUGGACAAGCUGGAGAAUGCCAACAUUCCUUCAGUGACCCUGUCCCAGAGAGAGUUCUAUUUUGAAGACGUAAAAUACAUGCAGCUGCAGGUAAAGAAGUUUACAAUCCGCAAUGGAGAAGUGCCCUGCCAGUUUGAAUUUAUCAGCAAACCAGAUGAGGAAACAUACUGCAAGGAGUGGCUGAUUGCUAAUCCCAGUAAGGGCUUUCUGCUCUCAGGUGCUGAGAUCACAGUUGAGUUGGAGGUGUUUGUUAAUAAAUCAACAGCUACCCAUUUAAACUCAGGAGAGGAAAAGCUUGAAGAUAUCUUGGUCUUGCAUCUUAACAGGGGGAAGGAUUAUUUUCUCUCUGUAAUGGGAAACUACUUGCCAAGUUGCUUUGGGUCUCCCAUUCAUACGCUGUGUCACAUGAGGGACCCAAUCCAGGACAUGUCGGCAGAAUCUAUUCGCAAACUUAUCCUGCUGCCUCUAGAGAUGAGCGAUGAUGCUGUUGAAGCUGAAAAGCCCAUGGAUGUUCCAAAAGAGCUGUGGACAAUGGUGGAUCAUCUGUACCGCAAUGCUUCCCAGCAGGAGGACCUGUUUCAGCAACCAGGCCUCAGAUCUGAAUUUGAACAAAUCCGAGAUUGUUUGGACAAAGGAAUGCAUGAUACCCUUCUUGGCAACAAUCACUCAGUAGCAGAAGCCCUGCUGCUCUUCCUGGAGAGCCUGCCGGAGCCCGUCAUCUGCUACAGGUUCUAUAGCAGCUGUCUGGAGAGUGCUGGCAACUACCUGCUGAGCAGCCAGAUCAUCUUUAACCUGCCAAGGUGCCAUAAAAAUGUGUUUGAGUAUCUAAUGGCAUUUCUACGAGAACUACUGAAAAAUUCAGGGAAGAACCAUUUGGAUGUGAAUAUCCUUGCUAGUAUAUUUGGUGGCUUGUUACUUCGACCUCCUCCUGGACAUCCUACACCUGAUAUAACCGAGAAGAGGAAAGCUCAGCAAUUUAUCCAACAGUUCCUUUUGACAGAAGACAAUUCACCAUGAAUUUCAGAUGCAGCUAAUCUAAUUUUUAGAUAUUAAAUUACUGUAAA